AUGAGUCUCUUCACAUUCGGCACAAAAACCACCACAGGCCCGGCGUUCAGCUUUGCCUCCUCCUCCGCAACACCGCUGACCGCUGGCACCGGUAGUGGUGGGCGCACGGCACUCCACCUCGCCGCGCUCCACGGCGACAUAGUAGCCGCGACCGAGCUUCUCCGGGGCGGCGCCGCUAUUGACGCUGUGGAUAAAAAUGGCAUACAGGCACUGCACGUCGCUGCGGCGGGGGACAGGGCGGAGACGUGUGAGCUGCUGCUGGCGGCGGGCGCGGACAUCGAUUGUGUUGACCGGGCGGGGGACACGGCGCUGCAUCUGGCGGCGGGGUGUGGCGGUGUGGCAACGGUGCGAGUGUUGUUGGGAUGGGGGGCAGCGAGGCGAGUUGUGAAUGGGCGGGGGAAGACGGCGAGGGGGGUGGCGCAGGAGAAGGGGUGGGGUGGGGUGGUGGCGUUGUUGCCCGACGAGGGUGGUGCGCGUGGGAGAGGGUAUUGGAGGGGUUUGGGGCGGGACACUGUGAGGGGAGGUUGGGGUAUGGGCCGUGUGGAGCGGGUGAGUGUGGGUUUUGUGCUGAGUUUUAUGGGGUGGGGGAGGAGGUGGUGGAGAGGAGAGUGA